UGAUGGGUUUGGCGUUUCUAAUGAAUAUAAAGAGAAAGGUUUGGAAAGGUUGGUUUUGUAGCGGAAAGCAAUGCAAGAAAGGAGAUGCAAGGAUAAAAAAGUUCACAUACUUUUCUGGUUGUCUCUUCCAUUUUCAUUAGCAAAAUCCAGCAAUAUUCUUGCAGGUUUUUGUGAUGUUGCUGUUGGGUUUGCUUUAUUUUCUGGCCACUGCCCACAAGCAUAGAUUCUCAUCUUUCACUGUUGCAAGAGCUCUAAGGGAUGGAUGAAUGUGCUCUUCUCUGCCUUGAUUGAUUCUCUUUGCUAUCCUCCUGCUUUUGUCCUUUUGUUAACCCUCUCCUUUUCAUUGAUGCCUUCCUAGGCGGUUUUUGGCGCAGUGUAUAGCUGUUGUGCACACCUUUCCUCCACAGUGAUGUGCAUAUUCACACAUUGCAGUACCAGCCUCCUUCUAGCUCAUUGCGAUAGGUGGGGUGUCGAGCACAGUUACCCGAAAGGAAAAGAUGAGCUAUUCACGUUCUAAUAUGUCUUCUGGUAGCAGAACUGCUCGAAGAACACUCGAGUUUGGAAGGACACAUGUUGUGAGGCCCAGAGGGAAACAUCAGGCAACAAUGGUCUGGCUACACGGACUGGGGGACAAUGGCUCAAGUGCAUCUCAGCUAUUGGAAUCUCUCUCUCUCCCAAAUAUAAAAUGGAUCUGUCCAACUGCUCCUACUCGUCCUGUGGCUAUACUUGGUGGUUAUUCUUGCACUGCAUGGUUUGAAGUGGGAGAACUAUCAGAAGAUGGCCCAGAUGACUGGGAGAGUUUAGAUGCUUCAGCAGCACAUAUUGUGAACUUGUUGGCAGCUGAGCCAGCUGAUGUUAAAGUCGGUAUUGGAGGCUUUAGUAUGGGUGCUGCAAUGGCCCUUUAUUCUGCAACUUGUUAUGCCAUGGGUAGGUAUGGAAAUGGCAAUCCAUACCCUCUCAAUCUGAGGGCAGUUGUUGGACUUAGUGGCUGGCUUCCCGGAGCAAGGAGCUUGAGAAACAAAAUAGAAGGGUCACAUGAGGCUGCAAGGCGUGCUGCAUCGUUACCCAUUUUGCAGUGCCAUGGAAAUGCUGAUGAUGUUGUCCCCUACAAAUAUGGAGAAAAAUCGUUCCAGAAUUUGAAUUCAGCAGGAUUUCGAUUCCUCACAUUCAAACCCUUUGAUGGGCUUGGCCAUUAUACAGUCCCUAAAGAGAUGAAUGAGGUCUCCAAUUGGCUUACUGCAAGGCUAGGGCUUGAGGGUUACCGCUCCUGAAUCCAACAGUUUGUAGUCGGAGCUAAAGUGAAAGUAGUAGCUAACAAUAAUGGGUGAGAAAGGGGUAUGUACGUACAAGUAGGUAGUAUACAGAAUGAGGCAUGGAGAGUAUAUACUAUAGCUAAAUUGACCAGUAAUAUCCUUGUGUUCUGUCUAUCUCUACAAAUAAGUUUUGGGUGUGCUAUUUAUUCAUUACACUUUGGUUCAGUUUUGGGUGUAUUUUGUAUUCAUUAAUGUGAUACUAUUAUAAUAAUUUGUGGAGUUUUACUUCUG